AUGAAUAACAAGGAAAAGCUACCGAAACUGGUGGAUGUACAUCAUCAGUCGAAUCCUCUUAGUAGGAGGCAAUUGCCCCUUGUUGUUGAUGAUAAUUUAACGCUUGUUAUGGAUAUCAAAGGGUCUGGGAUUAUAUGUGAUAAUCAAGUUUUACGUGGCAAAGAGCUUGACGAGUUUGCUUGCAAAUGGAGUGUUCUGCCACCUUGUGAAUUACGAAAAGCUCUUCAAAUCACUAAAUCGGAAUUAAUGCAUGUUUUAAAUCAAAAUGUGCCAUGUGUUGGAUGCAGAAGAAGUGUGGAUAGACUUUAUUUUCAGUUAUUCAAUUUUGGACAUCCAACAUUGGAUCCAUUGAUUGUUAAACCUGAUGGAACUAUCACUAUUAGAGAAGAUAAACAGGCUUAUCCAAUUUUGGGAUCCAUUUUUCACGAUCAUUCUGUUCGAUUGGCAAAAUUAAUUGAAAAUCAACCAAAGAGAAACAAAAAGAGCGUUAGAUGUCUAUUACAUUCUUUAGAUUCACAACGUAGCAGACCUCUAACGCCAGUUUGGAGGGAUGUGUGGGAGUGCAUGAAGCCAGAGUGUAAGAAAGAUGUCUGCUUGAUUAAAGCAACUAGUCUUCAUAGUACAUUGGAAACAUAUUUGCGUAAGCAUAGAUUUUGUGGUGAAUGUAGAACAAAAGUUUUAAAAGCUUAUUCCUUGUUGGUGGAAGAACCCGAACCUACAAAAGAAAAGGGUUAUGUAUCUUCAUUAUAUGCAGGUAUUAAGAGAUGCUUGCCUAGUAAACAUCUCCAUCUACAAGCUAAGACUGAUAUCAUUACUAAGUUAAUCAGUCGGGCAGAGCCUGAACUAUUAGGAAGUCGUAGAGAAAGACACGCUAAAACUCUCGAAAUUGCCCAAGAGGAAGUACUGACAUGUUUAGGUAUUUGCAUGUACGAACGUUUGCAUCGCAUCUAUAUGAGGAUGCGUGAAGAAGAAUGUACCUGUCAAGUGUUCGCUGCCGUUGCUGUUCACACAUUAAGUCGUAGUUUUGAGACUGCCGUAGAACGGAUAAGGGGAGUUUCUCAGUUAGAAUUACUCUACGCAGAGUUCGAACGUGAAGAACAACAGAAACAAAUCAGAAGGGAACAGAAGAAGAUCAAACGCAAGCGUAAAAAGGGUAAGGUAGUAGAUAAAGAAGGCAAAGAAAAUUGUAAUGAUUUUGAUCAGGACGAUGAUGACAAAGAAGAUACAGACAAAGAGUGUUCUUGUUCCAAAGACAAAAUGAGCGAGCAUGAAGAUUCUUUAGGAUGUUACAGCUGCGAGCAGUUGCAACCGGGGGGCUGUGGUGAUACCAAAGUUCCAAGAAAUUUCGAAUAUGAAGAUUUUUCUAAGCUCAAUAAUGGAGGUGGUGGUGGAGGCAUAGGAAUGGUGAGCGAUAAAAAAGAGAAAUUAAGGUGUAGCAGCAAUGAAUUAUGGAUAGAUGAUUGCAAAUGUGAAAAUGAUGUUAAAGAAGUUAAAAAGUCAACGUGUGGUACCACCUGUAAAUGUGAUGAUAGUUUGCUCAGACCCCUAACAUACAUUGGUGAUUUUAACAGUAGCAUCAAAAAAGAAAGUGGUUCCAGCAGCGACCAUUCCCAUGACUGUGGUUAUUCAUCAGAAAAUAAUAAUGGUUGCUGCGAAACCGGUUCACUUACCUCCAGUCUCUCCAGUUCGCCAGAAGGUUCCGAAUUGGCGUGUUCAGAUUCUUGUUGCCAACAUGAUAACGAGUAUAUAUCACAUUGUAGACUUUCCUAUGGAGGGAAUGGACAUCAGCUCAGUUUACAAGAAAUGUUAGAGGGCCAUAGCGAUGAUGACGAUGAUGAGUGUUAUAUAACUCCAGAAGAAGUUAGAGAAUUCAAAAAUAACAAUAGCCGAGUAUAUGAGAAACGUCUAGAAUUACGGGAAACGCUUCAGAAAAGGUUCGCUCAGUUCUGCGCAUCUGGGCCAGUGCCACGUAUACUCCUGCAAACCAAAUAUGCUUCAAAUUAA